AUGUUGUCGCUGCGGUUUGUCUUCCUGUUCGCCGUCCUGAGUGCGUUUGCGGUCGCUGCGCCUGCGGAGCAUACGCAUCGGGUCAAGGAAACGGUGCUUCCCCCGCGCGGGUGGACUGCCCUACGUCCUGCGUCGCCCGCGCACACGAUCGAGAUCCGUAUCGGCCUGCCGCAGCCUAACUUUGCUGAACUGGAGGACCACCUGUAUGCUGUGAGUGAUCCGUCGAGCGAAAGGUACGGAGGGCACCUAUCGAAGGAAGAGGUGGAAGCGCUCGUGGCGCCUCAUCCCGAGAGCGUGCACCUGGUCGAGGAAUGGCUCGCCUCGCAUGGCCUACUGGGUGACGCGCUGUCCCGGUCCCCGGCUGGCGACUGGGUCACCGUCAGGGUGCCGGUCUCGUUGGCGGAGAAGAUGCUGGACACGACGUACCAUGUAUGGACGCACACCGCGAGCGGAACCUCGCUCGUCCGCACGACGUCGUACAGCCUCCCGGAGCACCUGCACGCGCACAUCGACGUCGUCCAGCCGACCACGACAUUCUCGCGCUUCACGCCGAUGCGGACGACGUACCAAUCCUUCCGCGCUAACGCCGCCGUGCCUCAGUCCGACGGGGCCAAGAUCGCAGUGCCGUACGCGUCUGGAGGGCAGAUUGCGGCGAGCUGCAACGGGACCAUCACCCCGACGUGCCUGCUGGAGCUGUAUAACGCGACGGGAUACACGCCGCAGGUGCCCGGGGAGAACAAGAUCGCUGUGACUGGAUAUCUGGAGCAGUAUGCGAACUAUGACGAUUAUCACGAAUUCUUGGAGGAGCUGGUGCCGUACGCUACUGACAGCACAUUCUCGGUGGUGUACAUCAACGGUAAGGACUCUCGGACUCUGCGGUUCGAGUUCCUCAUGGUUUUUCCAGGCGGACUGAAUAACCAAACACCAGCUGACGCUGGAAUUGAGGCAGACCUUGAUACGCAGUACGCGUUCAGCCUCACGUAUCCUACGCCAGGCACGUUCUACACCACUGGUGGAAGCCCGCCAUUCAUCCCGGAUGAUCUCGAACCUACGGAUUCGAAUGAGCCAUAUAUGCAGGCGAGCGAAUCUUAUGCACUGGUUUGGCUCGAGUAUGUGCUUGCUGCAGACGACCUGCCGCAGUCAAUUUCCACCAGUUACGGAGAUGAUGAACAGACGGUUCCGUAUAGUUAUGCAACACGUGUCUGCUCAGAGUUCGCGCAGCUUGGUGCCCGCGGUGUCUCAAUCAUGUUCAGCUCUGGAGACGGAGGCGUUGGUGAUGGCGAUGCUGAUCCGGCUACUCAGGAAUGCUACAGCAACGACGGAACCAACCGGACGAUAUUUAUACCUGGCUUCCCGGCCAGUUGUCCAUAUGUCACGGCUGUAGGAGCUACCUCGGAGGUGCCGGAGAUUUCUGCGUGGUUCUCCGGUGGUGGUUUCAGCAACUACUGGGCUCGGCCCUCGUAUCAGGAUGUCGCAGUCACGAAGUAUCUCGGUGAGUUGGCUCCAGGGACAUAUGCGGGUCUGUACAACGCGUCUGGGCGGGCCUACCCUGAUGUGUCCGCUGAGGGUGUCAACUUCACCAUCGUCUGGGACCUGGAAACCGGGCUCGUCGACGGAACGUCGUGCUCCUCACCUACGUUUACAGCAUUCGUGUCUCUCCUCAACGACGUGCGCAUCGCUAGCGGGAAGUCCGCAUUGGGAUUCCUCAACCCGUUGAUCUACGCGCUGAACGCGGGAACCGUGACGGGAUUCAACGACAUCACGGUCGGGAACAAUCCGGGAUGUGGCACAGAGGGCUUCAAUGCGACGAUCGGGUGGGAUCCAGUCACUGGUUGGGGCUCGCCCAACUUCGGAAUACUGAAGGAACUGGUUUUGAGUGCAUGA